AUGACUUGCAGUUUUUGGCUCAGGAUCAUCACUGGCUUAGGGCUGAGAGAUCGAGCCAGUGGCGAACGAUCAGAAGCCGUCGACUCUGGUGUGCAGCAAGCUAGCGCGUUGAGUGAUGGAGGAAAAACGACGAUGAUCGUCGACUCUGCGCGACAUCUCCGUUCAUCGUUGUUUUCGGUCAUCGCACAUCACGGUAAUGAAGAAAGCCGCAAAACCCCGUCCUUUUCAGCACCUGGACCACAAAAGACGAAGAGCAUCGUGCUGUCUGCCUCGAAACUCAAAGGAUCAAGAGUGAGUACUACUCUAAUCAAAGCUUUCCUCAUCAGCUAUUCCGAUUAUGGUCGAAUCCAAAUGUGA